UGGGCUGGAGGCUGCCUGCAGGCUGGGAGGGGACAGACGUAUAAAAGACAGCUCGUCUUCCUUCUUUCUGCAUUUGACUUCUCUGUUUGCCUUCUUCCUCAUAUCUGAGACUCCACCUGUACAGAUCAGGAUGUCCUGGGAUGCGUAUAUCACUAACUUGAAGACGCCCAACUCGGACGGGACGAACCCGGUCAUGGAGGCGGCCAUCUGUGGGAUAGCACCUGGACAGGAGAGCGUGUGGGCCAGCACAGACGCCCUGAAAAACAUUACAGUUGACGAAAUUAAAAAGCUGGCUGGUGACAGGUCGUCCUUCCGCCAAGCCGGUCCAACCAUCGCGGGAACAAAGUGCAUGCUGCUCACGGACAAGAUGGAGGAAGAAGGCGUCUACAGCCUGAACAUGAAGACAAAAGCAGACGCCUGUGGAGCCUGCUACUCAGUAUGUGUUGGAAAGAGCAACAAUGCUAUAGUCAUUGCUCAGGGCACUAAAGAGGCCAACGGAGGCCAGCUGACCACCAAAGUGUACGGUGUGGUUAAGCACCUGAGGGACGCGAACAUGUAAAACAAGAUGGCCGCCAUCCUUUCCUGGACCCACCAAACAAAAUGGCUGCCACCCUCCUGCCUCCCCCUGCGUAUCAACUCAAGAAAAUGGCCACUGUUCUGAGCUUUAGUUUGUUUUUUUAUUAUUAUUUUGACCUUCCAGACAUGUGUCUGCCAUCAGGGAUAAAUAAAGUGUUUAAAGUUUUA